AUGAACUUCGCUGCUAUUGUCUUGUCCUUUGUGCUCGGGCUUGGAGUGGUUUUGCUACUCAUCAGCGAGGAUGCUACUGUGUCACUCGACGAGGACGGCAUGACCACGACGGCCGGCAGAAUUAUGAAAGCUGUCGGCAUAAUUUUAAUGGUUAUAGGGACCAUCGGGUUUGCAAUAACACUCGUGGAUGUGGUUCGCCGAGCCCAUCGGCGCUUGUCCCAGGGCGAGAAGGGGAAGCUCGAGGAGCAAAUUCACCGGAAAGCCACGCGAUCAGCCACGCAGACACAGCCUCGAACGACAUCGAUAGCUGUCAUCGAAACGAACGGGCAUAUUGUA